AUGGAAGGGAACGGAAGCACAGACCCAGAGACUGGAAAUCGAAAGGAAAACCUGAAGUCUAGGGAGUAUGGAUGUCUCAUGAGAAAGUCAGCUGACAAAGCCACUGGCCAGAUGAAGGAAAACCUGAAGUCUAGGGAGUAUGGAUGUCUCAUGAGAAAGUCAGCUGACAAAGCCACUGGCCAGAUGGGAAACAGAGACGGUAUGGGGACAGCUCGCAACAAGUCUCCACAUUGUCAGAGUGGAGCUGUCAACUUUGGCAGAGACGGUAUGGGGACAGCUCGCAACAAGUCUCCACAUUGUCAGAGUGGAGCUGUCAACUUUGGCAGGGUCCUGGCAACCAAGAAAAGAUUCCAGGAGUCGACCGGUGGCACCAAUGCGAGAAGCCCCGGGCGGAUGAAAGAAGCUGACCCGUGCGACCCCCCCAAAACCAGGAGAUUCUUGCCCAAGAGCAAGAGAUGGAAUUCCCCUCACCGAGGAAGCUGCCGACCUAAGGGCUGGGACUGGAAGCGCGCCCUCUCCGGGAGCUUCGGGUCUGGGGCAGCCUGCGAAGGCGCGGGUGGAGGCCCGGGCGCGUCCCUGGGGGCGGGAGGCAGGGGCGGCCAGCAGGUGGGGCCUGGGGGCUGGACUCCGCCCCCCGCUCCCGCCCCGUUGGUCCGCUGCCGCUCAGCACCUGCCCCUCUCCAGAGCCGGAGCGCGAUUGGUGGCGGCGCUUGUCGCUCGGAGGGGGCCGGGCCGCUCUUCUUCGCGGCUCUCCCAGCCGUAGCUGCCGCUGCCGCGGUUCUCCUCGCAGCGCCGGCCGGUCGGACCGCCAAGGCAGCCGGCACUGGCGAUGGGAAACGGUGUGGCCGCCGACACAGGCAGUGGCAAAGUUUCCCAGACUUGUCAAGGUCUCUCCGGGUGGCCAGUAGCAGGAGCUGCAAACUUGGGCACGGCGGCUUCACCGGCAGCGGACCGGGCUUUGGAGAACCUCAGGACUUAGGUGCUGGGGUGCCCAGCGGCUCCGGACGUGCUACGGGGUGUGAGCGCGGGGGAGUCCGGGGCGCGCGACAAGGAAGGGCCCCCGGGAGCUCUAUAUGGAGGAAGGAGCCCAGAAUGGUGUGCACCAGGAAGACCAAAACUUUGGUGUCCACUUGCGUGAUCCUGAGCGGCAUGACUAACAUCAUCUGCCUGCUCUACGUGGGCUGGGUCACCAACUACAUCGCCAGUGUGUAUGUGCGGGGGCAGGAGCCAGCGCCCGACAAGAAGCUGGAGGAAGACAAAGGGGACACUCUGAAGAUUAUUGAGCGGCUGGACCACCUGGAGAAUGUCAUCAAGCAGCACAUUCAAGGUACGGGCGCCCCGGAAACUUGGGUCGCCCAUGAGGCCCGGGAGUGCCCCGCGCGGCGCGGGGUGCGCUAG